CACAAUUCCUCCCCCCCCCAAGUGCAUGCUUGUGAUACGUGGCUUUUUAACUUCUGUCAGAUGUCAGUUGCGUUUUUGCACACCACACGGAUAGCAUUGACCGGCGAGUUGUUUUUUAUUGAAAUAACUUGAUAAUGUCCUUAUGUAUAAGAAUCUGCUUUUUAAUCCUGUUACUGAGCCUUAUUUCAUGCAAAGCAGUCCCUAAUCCUGAGAGCAGUAAAAGGGUGAUUGAUAAACCCUUAAGUGAUGAAAAGCACUAUGCUGAAAAUGAUGUACAUAAUACAGAGUAUGAUCAUCAAGCCUUCCUUGGAGAAGAAGAGGCUAGGAAAUUUGAUCAAUUGAGUCCUGAAGAAAGUAAAGAAAGGCUUGCUAAAAUUGUGGAUAAAAUUGACAAAAAUAAGGAUGGCUUUGUAACAGAGUCGGAGUUAAAAGAUUGGAUAAAGUAUACACAAAAGAAAUAUAUAUUAGAUGAUGUUGAUAGACAAUGGGCUGCACUUAAUGUGGAUAAAAAAGAGAACAUUGAUUGGGAAUCGUACAAGAAAGCUACAUACAGCUUUAUUGAUGAAGAGCACAAUGAAGAUGAUGAAAAUGAUAUAAAGACAUAUAAAGAAAUGAUGAAACGUGAUAAACGCAGAUGGGCUGCUGCAGAUAAAAAUAGUGAUAACCAAUUGUCUAAAGAAGAAUUUACUGAUUUUUUGCAUCCAGAAGAAGUUGCACACAUGCAAGAUAUUGUCAUUGUUGAAACACUAGAAGAUAUCGAUAAAGAUGGUGAUGGCAAACUUUCUUUACAAGAAUACAUUGGAGAUAUGUACAGUGGAGGAGAAGAUGAUGAACCUGAUUGGGUAAAAAAUGAAAAAGAACAGUUUUCUGCAUAUAGAGAUAAAAAUAAUGAUGGUUUUAUGGACAAAGAUGAAGUAAAAGAAUGGAUUCUCCCUAGUGAUUAUGAUCAUAGUGAAGCUGAAGCAAAGCAUCUUAUUUUUGAAGCUGAUGAUAAUAAGGACAAAAAACUUACCAAAGAAGAAAUUUUGAAUAAUUAUGAUCUUUUUGUGGGAAGUCAAGCGACUGAUUUUGGAGAAGCUUUAACAAGGCAUGACGAAUUUUAGAAUUAAAAAUAAAAAUAGACACUUACUACUUAAUUUACAAACCAGUGUUUUGAGUUAUAAAUAAUAUUACUCUGCUGUCUAGUAGAUUUUUAACUGUUAAAUGUGUGUUUGUUUCGUCCCAAAACUGUCUUUUGCAGUAAAAUUUUUUACAUGAGCUAGUUUGCCAGUUUUUGUGUUGUGCCUAAAUUUUUCCACUUUUUAUGAAAAUCAGUUUUAAUAUUCCAAAGUAUUUUAAAGUUAUUUCAGACUAUGACAUUAAUAUUAUUUUGUGUUUAGUUUUACUGUAAUGUGAAAUAUUUCAUAUCUAUUUAUUGCAUUUACUAUUGGCAUUUGAUAAUUUUGGAGCUUCAAAAUUCUUUAGUAAUGUAAUUAAUAUAAAGGUUUUUUUUUUGUUAAAAUCUAUGCAUAUUUUUAUGAAAAUUUCGAGCAUUAUGGAAUUUCUAUUUUAUAUAACUUAACUAAUUAUAUAAGAAAAUACAAUUAUUUUAUAUUAAAUUCAUAUUUAAUGUGUCAUAAUUAGGUUCAUGUCAGCCAUCAGAUGAUUCAUUCAGUGCUGUACAUUCGCUCGUAUAUAAAUUAUACUAAAUCAAGUUUUUUCCCUUUGUACUCAAAAGAAUUACGUAUAAUUUUAUAGAUUAUUGAAAAUAUUUUACUUUGUAGACUACAUUAGUAAAAUAUAAAAUGAAAAUACUGUAAAAUGUAUAAUUCUUUUUAAAUAAUACGUAAUUUAAUCUUUUGCUCUCAAAAUACUUGAAGACCAGAAAACACCAGAAGUUUGACAGAGCUUGAAAAAUGACUCUCAGAUACACUAAAAGUACACUGCACUAAAUAACUAAAAUUGUUAUUUAUAAUAAAAAUAUAUAAUUUUAUAUGUAAUUAUAAAAUAAAUUAAGAGGAAUUAUAAAAUUCUUUCCAUACAUGCCCUUUAGCAUAUUUAGCUAGCAAUUAGAACUUGUGUUUCAGUUCCCAUUGAAGGCAAAAUUGCUUUUUCAUGUUUCUAAUUUUAAGAGCUUAAUAAUCUCAAUACUCAGACUGCAAAAACUUUUAUCACGGUGAGAAAUGUAAUAGAAAAAAAAAAUUAUUUCAAAUGUUUUUUACAAAUAUAAAAAUCAUUUAAACAUGAUCAUUUAGAGUGGUCAAAUUAUGAAUUCUGACCAUAACAACAUUCCCUACUUUCCUGUAAAGGGCAUAACUGCUGCAAUGAUGCCUGCAGGGGUCAGGGAACUAAAAGGUGGAUGGAGGUCGGAAAACAUAGUCAUUGUUUGUUAUAUGCCAUGAAAAAUCUCCUGUUCAAUUACUGACAGUGAAAUCCUUCACAUUUCUGAACCGUUUGGUUCACAAAAUGCUCAGAUUUAUAAAAACAUCAGUUUUAAAAUUCCAGUUUGGAAUAAAAAAGAAAAAAGUUAUAAAAUUUUAGUUGGAAGGAAAUUCAAGUUCAGAAGCUUUAAAAUCAUACUACUUUCUUUUGUGAAAUUGGAAUCAUGUUUAACACUUAAGACAUUUAUUAUUAUUAAUUGGUUAUAAAUAUUCAGAGAUAUAUCUGUUGUGAUAAAUUACAUAAUGAGUUUUCUAAUUUGUAUUAAAUAUAUGUAUAGCAAAUUGAUGAAAAAAAGAUGCAAAUACUUUCAUAGUUUUUCUGCAUUUUCAAAUUAGAAUUUGGAACAGCUGAUUAUUUUCAAGAUUGUUUUAUUCUUUCCAAACAGACACUUGUUAUUUAUCAUUCACUGAAAUGUAUUUUUAUAUGUGAAGUAUUCUGUAACAUAUAUUUAUACAAUGCAAUGUAUUUUUGUAUUAUUAAAAUGUUUGACUUGAGAAA